AACUUCCAACCUCCUAAACAUGGGAUUGGCAUAUCACCUAUCUAGAUAAGUUUUCAAAGUGUUUUUGCCAAGCAAACCGCCACAUACCCACAGAGAGAGAGAUGGAGGGAGGAGGAAAGGUGGUGUGCGUGACCGGUGCUUCCGGGUACAUCGCUUCUUGGUUGGUGAAGCUCUUGCUCAGCCGUGGCUACGCCGUCAGAGGCACCGUUCGAGACCUCAGGGAUCCAAGGAAAACAGAGCAUCUUCUUGCACUGGAAGGCGCAAAAGAGGGACUGAAGCUGUUCCAAGCAGACUUACUAGACGAAGGUUCUUUCGACGAAGCGGUCCAUGGAUGUGACGGCGUCUUCCACACCGCCUCUCCCGUUUUCAUCACCGCCAAUGACCCUCAGGCAGAGUUGAUCGAUCCAGCGGUGAAGGGGACCAUUAACGUCCUGAAAUCAUGCGCUAAGGCAUCUUCCUCGGUGAAGAAAGUGGUAGUGACGUCAUCCACGGCCGCAGUUCUUGUCCGCGAGCCCAAGCCAGGGCCGGGCGACACUGUCGAUGAGACCUUCUUCUCCGACCCGGCUGUUUGUGUCGAGCAAAAUCAAUGGUAUAUACUCUCAAAGACACUAGCCGAGGAGGCGGCUUCGAGAUUUGCGGAAGAGAACGGAAUUGAAACGAUCGUUAUAAAUCCGGGACUCGUGAUCGGUCCUCUUCUUCAGCCAACGCUCAACUUCUCGGUGGAGGUUGUUCUUGAACUCGCAAAGGGUAACAAUCCAUGGAACAGCAGGUUCUACAGGUUCGUGGACGUGAGAGAUGUUGCAGAUGCUCAUAUCAAGGCCUUCGAAAUUCCUUCUGCCAACGGACGGUACAUCGUCGAUUCCUCGGACCCUGUUGCGGUAGACCACGUCGAGAAGGUUUUCCAAGAAUUCUAUCCCGAUUUGCGCAUUGUUGGCAAGAACGAAGAGGAAGAAGUUUACUCAGCGAGUUUCAAGAUGUGCGUUGACAGGGUGAAGAGUCUCGGCAUAGAGUUCACUCCUGUGGACGUAAGCCUUAGGGACACCGUUCAAAGCCUCCUGGAGAAAGGUUUCCUGUAACAUUUAAAGAAGAAACAUGUUUUCAUGAUAAAAACAAAAUAAAACAAAAGGUUCUCACGGAUC